AUGUGGUCGGCAAGUGCUGAUCAGUCCAUUGUCUGGACUCUUCCCCACCACCAUGAGCUGCAUUGGGGCCACUCCAAGCCCCUCUCCAUCGGUGAAAAAUACUCCGGCGCGGAAACCUUGCGAAGCUCGGACACUCGCCGAGCUACCAAGAGGGGCUCCUCCGGUCGCGAUAUUUGCCUUGAGGUAUAA